CAAAAGAGAACUUGAUCACAUUGCUAGAUAAUGCAGGUAUCCUAAAUAAGUGUGUGAGCGCCUCAAGGGCUUUACCUACAGCUCCUGCCAAAAGUACAUAUUUUUUUGAUUGGUAAGAACGGCAGGUGACGCUUCAUGAAAUAUAAAUGCAAGAAAGACUCGGGAGAGCUCAAUAAAAACCUUCCACCCGUCAGUCUGGGAAGAUAAGAUCCUGUGAACAACAGCUGGAAAUGGCUUUCGGAGUGCCAGUGUCAGUCUAUCUCUUAUUCAAAGCAAUGACAGCCUUGACUGAAGAGACAGCUGUGACGGGAACACCUUCCAACACAACCCAGCAAAGUAACUGGACAGUUAACGAAACAGAAGCUGACUACACAGAAGGGCCCAUAGCCUUGAAGUUCUCACAUCCUUGCCUGGAAGACCACAAUAGUUACUGCAUCAAUGGUGUUUGUGCCUUCCACCAUGAGCUGGAAAAAGCCAUCUGCAGGUGUUUUACUGGUUAUACUGGAGAAAGGUGUGAGCACUUGACCUUAACUUCAUAUGCUGUGGAUUCUUAUGAAAAAUACAUUGCAAUUGGGAUUGGUGUUGGAUUACUAUUAAGUGGUUUUCUUGCUAUUUUUUACUGCUACAUAAGAAAGAGGUGUCUAAAACUGAAAUCACCUUACAACAUCUGUUCUGGAGGAAGACCGCUGUGA